AUGCGAUCAGCUGAUGGCGACUGGCUUUGGAUGCACACAGUCUUUGCAGUUCGUGGUAAUCUCUGCCAUGAAGUACAGGAAGGCCGACGAGUCCGGCAUGUCAUACACUGUUACUAUCAGUCAUUAAGUGGAAUUGAAGCAGCUGCUCUGCAAGCGAAUUCCUGGAUUUACAACAUUCGACACACGUAUCCUGCAGCAUUUCCUUGUCAAGGCUCGCCGACUCCGGAUCGCCCCCUUUCGCCAGUAUCACCCCUUACUGGCGAAUCGUCAUUUCCUCAAACGAUUGAGCAACUUGUUCCGUUUAUUAAGCAAGAGCCGUUCACUCCAGUGACGAUGAUACCAGCUUACGGUGGUUGCGCACAGAUCAAAGUCGAAAUUCCAAUGAAAGCCAUGCCACAGAUCUCGAUGUUCACACCGGAAAGUUCUUCGCCAGAGUCGUCCGCGUCACUUACUUCAGCCCUGUUCGCUCAACCUUUCUUCGCAGGUCAAGGAGGAUCUAAUGAAUCAGCGAUGGCGAUGGAAGAUUUCAACUGCAUUCUUCCAUUGUCACUCAAAGGAACUUUGCCCGACCUUCGCGAUGGCCUGGACGAUUUUUUCAGAGAGGUUGAGCAACCGGCCGAAAACUCCCGCACUCCUGCUGCUGCUCCAAUGGCAUCGGCAACCGCUGCAUGCUACUCUCCUGAACAAGCCACCGAUCUUUUCAAAUACCUUGGUCCUGCUCUUUUUGGUGGUCCUUCCGCUCAGAGCAUGGAAUCACUACGAAUGGCCAGUUCACUCCCGAAUGGUGUUCACUGUCCACGGAAGCGGAGCUGGGUGGUUUAG